AUGCCCCUCUGGGACAUCCACACCCCGGUGGACUUCUUCUCCCCCACCGAAAAACACUCCCUCGCCCAAUCCAUAACCAAAAUCUACUCCAUGCUCCCCACCUUCUACGUCCGCGUCCGCUUCACCGAACUCCCCGCCGACUCCUACUUCACCGGCGGCAAGCCCGAGUCCAACUUCGUGCACCUGCAAAUCUGGCAUCUCGCGCGGCAACUGCACGGCACUGAGCAGAGGCAGGGUUUUCUGAGGAAAGUGGAUGAGGUGCUGAAUCCGGUUAUGGAGGCGAAGGGGUGUGAUUGGGAGUAUACGAUUGAUGAGAGUCCGAUGGAUAUGUGGAAGUUGAAUGGGAUUACGCCGCCGGAGGCAAAUAGUGCAAUGGAGAAGGAGUGGAAGAGGGCGGAUCGGCCGGUUAAAGAGGCGGGGAAGAUGUGA